GGGCAAACUUUCAAACAUUUUAAAAGGGGUAUCAAGAAUGUUUUCUCCUUUGAUAGGGUAGGCUAUAAAUGGGAAUGUAGGUGAGCAUUUUGGAGUUUUUUAAGGCGAAACGAAAAGUUUUAACUUCCACAUAGAAUUCUAAUCUAUAAGACACUUUAAAUUCAUACCAGUUAAUCAAAAAAUGUAUAAUUGGUAUACACAUUUUAGUUAUAUAUAGGAUUUAAAAAACUACGUAAACAUAUCUACAUACAUACUUCAUGAAUAAUGGGGUUUCUAAUGAAGCAGUAUGACUAUAUCAUUAAUAAAGUUAAAAACUAUUUCUGAAAUAAAAAUGAUAACAAAAUAUUUGAGAAAAAGUUCUACUUGUAUAUAUUACAAUGAACUGUUGAUUAUAUAAAAUCCGAACUGAGAGCUGGGAAAACAUGUCUGGAUUGUGAAGAAAAUGAAUAUUAUAACAAAUACUCCAUUACUUAUCACAUCCCAUAGAUACAAUGUGAUUAGCAAAAUAUACAACAUCUGCAUUGAGAGUUUUAGAAUAUUAGUUAAAACUUCAAAUUUAUAUUCUCGAAGACCUGAUUCAUAUGUGGUUCCAUGUACUAGGUAUUCAAAUUGUGAGUGUUGGUGUAAUAGUAAACAAUUUGUUCAGUAUGAGAUGAAAAUGUAUUUUUGACGCAUCUAGAAAGUUAUUAUCCUUUGACAAAAAUGGUACAUAAUUUUACGUAAUUCAAAAAUGUGAUAUUUUUGUAAGCAAAUAUAUCAUAUGGAAAGUUUAUUCAAGUAGUUCACUACCUGAGUAUAAGUGAAUUUAAUGAAAGAAAAAUGUCAGUGUCUGCUGUCAUCUCUAUAAUACAUUCCAUACAAGGUUGAAAUAAUUUGUUGAUCAAGUGUAUUUUAAAACCAAAUAAUGCAGAAUAGUUCAGGGAACGAUAAUCAUUCUUACAUCAUACCCAGCAAAUUGAUUCAAACUACUGAUCAAAUGAUGUUUUGGAGGAGGUCAGAAACAUACUACGAAUAUUUAGGAUUUGUAUACUUUAUAAAUGAUGUAAUCAAAGGCAAAUCAAAUGAACAAGGUAGCGCUAAUGCUUCGCCAGAGAUAGAGGGGCUUUGCGGAAUUUUAGAUAUUAUAGAAGAUUGGAUUGAUGAAAUUGGUGUAGAUGAAUAUGAACCAAAAUCGUAUCAUCGGGCAUUCAGGAGAUGGUAUCGUAGACUUAGAGAUAAUUCUGUUCCACUGUUGAGAGAGAUAGUUCCGUCAAUAUAUUUUCGAGCACUACCAGAAAUAAUGGUGUACUUAAUUGAAGGCUUUGGUAAUUCAGUCAGAUGUGCUUAUGGUAGUGGUCACGAAAUGUCUUUCUUGAUGUUUUUAUGCAGUCUUUUCAAAAUUGGAUUUUUGAAAAUUAAAGAUGCUCCUGCUACAGCCUGCAAAGUAUUUGCAAGAUAUUUAUAUGUUGCUCAAAAACUACAAAAAACUUAUAAAAUGACUUCUCUUGGUGGUAACAAAACUUGGAAUUUGAAUGAUUACCAGUUUGUUGCUUUUAUAUGGGGUAGUUCACAGCUAGUCGGUAAUACUGAACUUAAUCCAACGUGUUAUCUAAAAAGAGCUACUGUUAAACGCCAUUCAUCGCAAUAUAUGUUCCUAAGUUGUAUCCAAUUCACUAAUAGAAUAAAAAUAGACUCUUUUAACAGACAUUCGAAUCAACUGUGGAAUCUGAGUGGAGUAUCUUCAUGGUAUGGAAUCAAUUCCAGUCUUAUUAGAAUGUACCAAGCACAGAUUCUGUUGCGUUAUUCUAUAGUAAAACACGUGUAUUUUGGUUCAAUUUUCACUCUAAAACGCGUUGAACGUUGGGCUAGUGUCCGCAGACCAAUAUUUAGUCUCUCAAAGGUUCACAGAUCAACAAUAAAUGUGGAAUUCUUAACUGAUCUAUCGGCCUCUCGAAAAACCAUAUCUUCUAUAAACGGUUCUGUAAAAAGUAGAAGCAGAAAUAUUAGACUUGAAUCGAGUAAACGUAUAAGAGAUGACAAGGGGAAACAUGUUAGUAUAGAGCAUACUGUCAGAGAUAUUACGUGGGAAACAGAACAGGAAAUUUCAAGUGAUGAUACUAAGGAAGUCGCAGACAAAACAAUUACUGCUGAUACUGAUACAGAACAGACUUUACCGACAGUAGUUGACGAUGAAUUGAUAGAAAUAAUGAAAAAUGAAACUUUUAACCAUACUCCUUCAACUGAUAGCAUUGAAAAGAAUAAAGGAGAACAAAUAAUUGUAAGUCCAGUCACUCCUGAAAAAAACCGUCGGGUUAAAGUUAACGUAGAUUUUGCUGGUGCCUAAACAGAAACUAUUAAAUGAUUAUCAAAACCAGCAUCUAUCGAAGAUGUCAUAAAAUAUCUUGUAAAAAUUUGAAACAAUAAAUAGACAAGGACAUUUCAUUAAAGGUUUUUGCAG